AUGAUACGAGAGGACCUGGAGCGCGGUAGAGACAUCGCUAGCAGCGGUGAUGAGAUGGCCAGGGUGUCCAGCAUAGGCCGCUCAGAUCGUACUGAUCACUCAGAGCACCGCGUCAAGGUUAUCCAGUACGAGGAUGAGGACAAGGACGUUUGCGUCAGGUACUACGACACCGAUGGCAAGGACGAGGAGGCGACGGGGUACAAUUAUCACGACUUCAGCCACCACACCUGGUACGACUACACACGCACGCGAGAACCGGUGCCAGCGCCCAUCGAAAAGCGAGAAUGCGAGGACAUCUUCAUGUGUCUACCGUUCUAUCACGGGGUUCUAAGAAGCCUGGUGAAAUGCUCGACCGGUGUCACCAGUGGGUGGGGAUUCACCUCCAAACCGAGGGAAAACUUUAGGUACUACCUCACUGAAGUCAUCAACGGGCUGCUGUGCGGCAUGACCAUGCUUCCAGAAAUCAUUAGUUUCAGCUUCAUCGCCGGGAUACCGCCUCAUGUCGCGCUGCAUGGCACGUGGAUUGUAUGUAUAUGCGCAGCAGUGUUCGGUGGCUCGCCCGGGAUCAUGACCGGUCUGUCGGGAGCCCUCGCUGCUGUGGCUGGAAGGUACGCCCUGGGUGUUGAAAACCCAACGCCAGAGCAAAUAGAGCUCCAUUUGUGGAGCAUGCUUUUUGCGGUGUUUCUUGCAGGAGUGAUACUAGUAUGCUGCUCAUUCUUCCACCUCGCCAGCAUUAGCCAGUUCUUGAGCACCUCGGUCAUCAUAGGUUACAGUAACGGACUCGCUCUAGUUAUCGUAAGGGCGCAAAUGCAUGGAUUCCUGGACCCAAAGACACACAAAUACGUAGUGGGCGCCGAACUCGCGUUGGCGAUCACGUACUGCGUAAUCGCGUUCAUCUUCAUGCAGUUCACGAAUAAGAUACCAAAGGUCGGGCAAUAUCUUCCACCUGCGCUGCUCGCUGUGGCUGUCGUGGUGUUCAUCGAUCUCGCCAUUGUGAAGCAAGUGGCUCCCCAUAUCAAGGUCACUACCAUAGGGGACGUGGCAUGUCUCACCUCGGAAACGGCAUUGCCGGUAAUGUCAUGGACACAUUGGAACGCCAUAAGACAGGUUAAUUUCGACUGGAUAUUCGUGUGUAAAGUGCUCGUUCUCGCAGGGAGCGUUAUCAUGGAGGCGCUCAUGGUGAACGACAUCAUUAAGACGUUGAGCGGCAGCGACCCCAACUCUAACCAGCAAAUGUUCGGUCUUGGCAUCGGAAAUAUGCUUAGUGCCUUCAUGGGGUCCGCAGGAGGAAGCUCUAUGGUGGGAAUAUCGGUCAUGAACCUUAAGGCUGGGUCUAGGGGGAAGGAGUCGAGUAUAGCGGCCGCGCUCUUCCUUUUCGUCAUGUUGGGAGGCGGGUUUCCCCUGCUCAACUAUAUCCCGAUUCCAAGCCUUUGCGGGAUCAUGUUUUCGGUGUCGUGUCAUUGUUUCAAGUGGUUCAGCCUGCCGAUGUGCAUCGUGACGUUCAUGCCGCAGGCCAUACGUAACAUGCACCCAAAACUGAAAAUGAAAAUCACAAGGUCGGACGCUAUCAUCAUCGUAGCUGUCACCAUCUUGUGUAACAUGGUGCUAAUACCCCUCGCAAUCCUUGCUGGCGUUGUGCUGGCCGCCUUCGCAUACGUGUGGGAGUCCAAGUCACGGUUCAAGGUGGAGAUAUACAUGGACAACGACACCAACAUUAAAUACUACGAGAUUGAGGGGAACAUUUUCUACGCCAGUAAGCGCAUGCUUACUAGGGUAUUCACCCCGGCAGAAGACCCCGAGACUACCGUUAUUGUGCUCCUUGCCUCCACAACGCUAUUCGACUACACGGCAAUUGAAACGCUGAACUCGCUGAAGGCGGAGUAUGCAUCUUACAAUAAAAUGCUGCUCAUAAAGGGUCUCAGCCACGGAUGCAUCAAAAAGGUUGCCAAAAUGAACCACCUCUGCAGGCACAUGGAACACGAUCUGGUGGGCAUAGAGACGCCGAACCUACCGACGCUCUACUCACGGUUCACGGGACUGAAGGACAAAAUGAACACUAUGGCUCCCAAGCAGAGCGCUACUGCGCAGUAUGGAGACGUACAGGCGACGGAAGUGACGCAGGGCACCAAAAGUUCUGGCGAGCCGAAGGAGGUGCCUCCCAAUGAAAAUACGAAAGGCCAAAGCGAUGUUUGA